CUCAUCUUGUGCUACCUCCCAAUCUCUCUCUCUCUCUCUCUCUCUCUCUCUAUAUAUAUAUAUAUAUAUAUAUAUAUUCUCUCUCUCUCUAGCUUCAAGAUAACAUGGAGAGCAGUGGUGACACAACCAUUGGUUCAUCAUCUUGUCGCUCUGUUUCACCUUCUUCAUCAUCUUCUCCUCCUCCUCCUCCUACCACUCAAUCCGUCGUUAUUAGCCCUUGUGCUGCAUGUAAGAUCCUUAGGCGGAGGUGUGCCGAGAAAUGUGUCUUGGCGCCAUAUUUUCCUCCCACUGACCCCCUCAAAUUCACCACUGCUCAUCGCGUCUUCGGCGCUAGCAACAUCAUCAAGUUCUUACAGGAACUUCCAGAGUCUCAAAGGGCUGAUGCAGUGAGCAGCAUGGUGUAUGAAGCCAAUGCCAGGCUGAGGGAUCCUGUUUAUGGAUGUGCAGGGGCAAUUUGUCAACUCCAAAAGCAAGUGAAUGAGCUCCAAGGACAAUUAGCCAAAGCACAAGCUGAGUUAGUGAACAUGCAGUUCCAACAAGCCAACUUCAUGGCCUUAAUUUGCAUGGAAAUGUCACAAUCUCCCGAAACGUCGCCGCAACAAUCCUUGGACAACUUCUUGGGCAGUCCACAGAGUUUGAUGAGCAACCCUAGCUUCCCGGAGGAUUAUAACAAUGCUGGAUUGUUGUGGGAACCUCUUUGGACAUGAGGAUCAUUUAUAAAUCUUGUUACCUAGAAGCUGAACUCUGGGAGAAAAAAUUUCAACCCGGUCCCAACCCGAUUUUUCUAACCCUGAGCCAUGGGGCACCAAAUGGGUGGAAAAAUUGAAGAAAAUAUAUGAAUUAAUAAAGUUGUUGUAUCUUGGUAGGAACUAGUUAAUUAUAAAAGCUGUGUAAACAAAUUAAGAAGGUAAAAGAUGAUAAGAAAAGCAAGUUAGGUUCUAAUUGUGUCUUUUGAUAAAGUGAUGAAUGUAGUUGAUAGGUCUUUUCCCUCCAUGUUAUCUUGUAAUAUAUGUCUGAGACAAGAAGUCUUUGUUUCAAGUGGCAUUGCCAUGUUCAUUAUUGAAUCUGAAACAACUUUUUGGUCACCUAAUAUUAAUUUUAA